UAUUUCCAGGCCGUCGAUCCAUUUUCCUAAUCCAACGGUCACAAAACUCCACAUCAGUGAUCCGCAUCUUCCCGAAUCCUCCAAUCAAACUCUUCCUUUCCAUGCUAUAAAUAUCAAACUCCAACUUCUUCCAUCUACCAAUUCACCGCCGAUCGCAAGAAAGUAAUCAGAUUUCUUUGUUUACCGAGAUCAAAAAGAAGAGCACCCUACAUGGCGCCAAAAGCCGAGAAAAAGCCAGCCGAGAAGAAGCCAGCUGAGAAGCCAACUGAGGAGAAAAAGACCACCGUCGGUGAGAAAGCGCCAGCGGAGAAGAAGCCAAAGGCCGGCAAGAAGCUUCCCAAGGAAGGUGCGGCUGGAGACAAGAAGAAGAAGAAAGCCAAGAAGGGCGUCGAGACUUACAAGAUCUACAUCUUUAAGGUCCUUAAGCAAGUCCACCCAGAUAUCGGGAUCUCAAGCAAGGCUAUGGGAAUCAUGAACAGUUUCAUAAACGAUAUAUUCGAGAAGCUUGCACAAGAAGCUUCUAAACUCGCAAGGUACAACAAGAAGCCCACGAUUACUUCCAGGGAAAUCCAGACUGCUGUUAGACUUGUACUCCCUGGAGAGCUUGCCAAACACGCAGUCUCUGAAGGCACAAAGGCGGUGACUAAGUUUACUAGCUCUUGAAUAUAGGUGUGUGAAAAGUUAGGGUUCCUGUAUUUUGUUGGAUUUGGGAAUUUGAUGAAAUAUGGGACUUUUGGGUUAGGGUUUUACGGUAGUCGUAAUUGAUUUUUCCCUUCUUCUGUUUGCUGGUUAAUUUGGUUUUGAUGAAUGUAAAUAUACGGUACUGACGGUUUUAGAAAUGGCUGAACCCUCGAAAUGAAAAU